GAGGGAGUAUACUCAACAGUUUCCGAGUUUUCUCAGUCGAUCAUCAUGUUCAAUCUUAAGUUAUUCGUCCUGAUUGCUGUGGCCAUCUGCCUGACCCAGGCCUGCUGUGUCACCGAGCCCGAGACGCCCAAUUGCGGAUGUGGAAAGCCUCAGUGCAGAUCCUGCGGCUGCGGUGGCGUCAAGACAUCUGGAUGUGGUGCAAAACCAUGCCGGAAUCCCUGCCCCAGCUGCGGCGGCUCCAGCUGCGGCUGCCCCAAGUAACCAGCUCUACGGGAGUCCUGCACUGUCUAUCUACAGUCUGGGAAGUGAGGAGACCUCCCAGCUGAAUUCCUGCUUGUCAAAUGUUACGUUUUCCCCGUUAUUAAAGUGUUGCAACCUCUUAGAA